AUGUCGCCUCAGGAGUCUCCCGCGUAUAUUGCAGGUCUGCGCAAACGAAUGGUAGCAAUCCGUCACAAUAGCAGGUUGCUCAAAAAUAAAUUAGCCGGGACUGUGCGUCACACAGAUCGCGACUCACAUGACGGACCUACCAAACAGCCACCAGUUGCUUCGCUCGCGGCGCAUCUAAGAGAUUCAAACGAUUUGAAUAGACCAAAAACUCCAGAUGCCCAAGUUGAAAGGCCACACAGGUUGGAGCCGGACGAUGCAGAGCCACCUGUGGAUGGGAAAAACAAGAGAAAGGAGAUGGUAGUACAAGACUCCAAGCAGAGGGAUAAGCGAGAAACAAAUGUAUAUGGUCCAGAUCUAGAUUCUCAUCAGGUCGUGAAAGCGAAACUAGAAGAGGAGACGGAGACAUGUAUUGAGAGUCUAAAAUAUGCUGCAGUUGGCAGAAAGAGAGGGAAAGAGAUACAAAAGGCUCUGCACGAGCUCGAAUCUGAGUCGAGUGCAAGUGAAGAGAAGAACCCUGCCCCUCCUCCCACACGGUCCACGCCAUCACUCCUUCGCAGCACCAUCGAAGCACCUGCGAAUAGUUCUGCAAGCUUUGAAUCCAAUCCUUACCCCGAGGAUGCACCCCCGUGGUCCGAAAACACUGGAAACUACAGUGCUGCAUCACUGGCGCGGCCAUUGUCUAGACGUCACCUGACACCCUUGACAGUCUCCUCUCGCCCCUCAAACUUCUCCAUCUUCCCGGUUGGUCGUGCCAUCUCUCCUAUUGCUCCUUUUGAAGUAUCUCAACAUCGAAUUACGCCCCCAAACCGAUUCAUCCGCGAAUCUGGCUCCGAGCCCUCUGUCGAGUGGUUCGAUCGAAAUGUAGCGUUUGGAUCUAACCACCCUUACUUUAACAUGACACCGCAGCAAAGAAGGGCAUACUGGGAAGAUCUUUCGAGUUAUUUUAAUAGCUCGCAAGAAAUCAGAAGUCCGUUAGACGAUGCUUCACUGCGUCCACCGAGACAGCGGCUUCUUCCAGGUAAUGAGAGGCCGGGUGCUCAAAGCUCAUCUACACCAGAUCAGUACCAGAACCAACAACUGCGCUAUGCUUCCAACCCACCAUCUUACGCAGCGCCAAAUCCACAUCGGGACCUGGAAGCGUCUUACUGGAAUAGCCUGAGCCCAGAAGCCAGACGAUUGGCAAGAGAACAUCGGAGUUCGACUCCGCCACCUGAAAUACUCCGAACGCACGAGAAGUCUCCAUCUCCCGCUGAUACGCAAAUAGGGACAGAGGAAAAGAGGAGAAGUGCUGCUGGGCUUCUCAUAAAGAAACUAACAUGCAGAGCUGGAGCCGCUACACCCGUAUACACAGGCACACCCAGAUCCAACCCUUUCGCCGCAACACCCGCGCCGCAAAAGUAUGGUAUAGCGUACCUUCGGCGAAAAAUCCAACGAGGCUCGCAAACGGACAGGCUGGGGGAACUAUGUCAUCGAUCCAGUCCAAGCGAAGAAAUCACACCCCCUCCCCCAUCUCACAGCCGCCAUAACAAGGUAUCUACCGCACACCUGGAAUUCCCACCGAUCCGUCUCUCAAGCAUGAUUCAACGCGCCCCCGCCAGCAUACGCUCAACGGACAAUAUUCACUCCAGCACUCAGGCCAACAUCCAACCCGGAGUUAGAACCACCAGUUUACCCAAUCGAAGCAACACAGACAAUACCAACAUCCGCAACGCCCGAAUAGCGGCCCUAGGCCUGCGGUCCAACGCCGCAAGGGCGAUUCGGGAGGCGAUGUUCGCGCCGGGCAUGCAAGGCAGGAUGGCGGACGUAACUGCUACAGGGCCGCGGCGCGAGAGGUAUGAGGGAUGGGGGCAUGAAGUCUGGAUCGAGGGUGGGAAUGAGAGUGGGGAAAGGGGUGGUGUUGAUAUCGCAUACCCAUACUCCCCUUCCCAUACUCCCGCCCCAGCACCCCUACCCCCUCGAGUCAAUCAGGCUCUAUCUCGUAAUCUCAGAUUCGCCCCCAGCCCACUGCGCACCGAAACCAAUUUACCGCGCCUCGCCAGUCCGCUAGAAAACGUGCCGGAUUUGCAGAUUCCACGGUAUCCCAACUAUAACUAUAAUAACAGUGAGAACAACACUGCUUUACCUCGACGGAGGCGAACUGUCUCACAACCUUCUGGCACUGACCAUGUAGAAAGAAAGGUGGACGAUAAUGAAGAGUUUCCUGUGCGAGAUAGAGCUAGGAGAUGA